AUUCACUGUAAUACCAACACACUCAACGCAAAACCCUAAAGCCAAAGGAAAAGGGAAAAGCGAUUCGCAGUGUAUGCUAGCUCAUCCGAUCAGGGCAAUGGGAGUGGAGAAGGAAUUGUUGAGAGCCGGUAGGGGACCCAAGCCCGUCGCAGGUCAAAAGGUGACGGUUCACUGCACCGGAUUCGGCAAGGAUGGCGAUCUUGCCAAAAAGUUCUGGAGCACCAAGGAUCCGGGGCAGCAGCCUUUUGCUUUCCAGAUUGGCCAGGGCAAAGUUAUUAAAGGAUGGGAUGAAGGUGUGUUAGGAAUGCAAGUGGGAGAAGUUGCUCGACUACGAUGCUCUCCUGACUAUGCAUAUGGUCCCAGUGGUUUCCCGGCAUGGGGUAUUCAGCCCAACUCAGUUCUGGUAUUUGAGAUUGAGGUUCUUAGCGCUGAGUGACCACCUUUAUCAAGCCUAACCAAUGUCCCACAAGAAAUGGCUGUUUGUUUCAUGCAACCACUGAUGUUUUCAUCGAGUGCCUGAACGUUUUCAAGAAUUACGAACACAUGAAUGUUUCGUUACUGAUUAUUGUUUAACGUUAUGGUUGAUGUUAUCCAUGAAUGACCUCCCUGGAGCUUUUCUUGUUACAAUUGGGAGUUCUGUCUUAAAUGUGGGAGCAAAUUUCUUUUGUGCUGCUA